AUGCCUUCAUCCAUUGAAAAAUUUUCUUCUCUGAAUGAGUUGGAUGUUACUGCUUGUAACUUUUCAGGAAUGAUUCCAACUUCCAUAGGUAAGCUGACCCAACUUACUUAUUUAGAUCUUUCUGAAAAUAACUUGGUUGGAAAAAUCCCUUCUUCUUUAGGGAACCUAACCCAACUCAUCCAGCUUUGGCUUUCCAACAAUCACCUUAGCGGUCUAGUUCCCUUAUCAUUCUCUAAGCUCACCAGCCUUCAACUCCUUACACUAAAGAAUAACAAUUUGACUGGAACUGUCAACUUUGACAUGUUUUUUGGCCUAAAAGCUCUUCAAGGACUUGAUUUAUCUGACAACAAACUAUCAGUGGUCAUCAAACACAGUAUGAAUGAUACAGUUCCACAAUUUACUCAGCUAUUUCUGUCCAAUUGUAAUUUAAGAAAAUUCCCUGACUUCCUCCAGUAUCAAGAAAGAAUUGUUUUCCUGGAGCUUAUAGGUAACUAUAUCAGUGGUCAAAUACCAGAGUGGUUGUUUAACAAAAGCAAAGAAACAUUUUUCUUGUUACAACUUUCUGAGAACAAUUUGUCAGGGAAAAUCCCACCUGCAAUUUGCAAUCUUAGCUCCAUUGCAGUCCUUAGGAUGUCCUUUAACAACUUAGAAGGAAACCUUCCCCAAUGUUUUGGUAACAUGAAAUCACUGUCUGUACUCACUCUAAAAAACAACUCCUUUUCUGGAAACCUGCCAAUAUUUUCAAAGGGAAACAAAUUGAAGCUUAUCGAUUUCAGUGAAAACCAAUUACAAGGGAAACUCCCACCAUCACUCGCAAAUUGUAGAGAUAUUGGAUACCUUAACUUGGAAUAUAAUCAGCUCAAUGAUGUUUUUCCUUUUUGGUUGGGAAGUCUUCCAGAGUUGGAAGUUCUUAUGUUGAGGUCCAAUAGAUUCCAUGGAGUUAUUGGGGAGCCUAUACCAGACUAUGAAUUUCCCAAGCUGUGUAUUAUUGACAUGUCCUUCAAUAACUUUUCUGGAAAGUUACCAUCAAAAUACAGCCAAAGUUGGAAAGCAUUGAGAAAUUCCAUAUCAAGGAAUUUAACAUAUAUGAAGACAAAAACCAUAUCAGUAAAUGGCUCUGUUAGAUUCAGAGUUACAACAAAGAUCAAAGGUGUGAACUUAUUCUAUGAGAAGAUCCCAGAUACGAUUGCAAUCAUAAACCUCUCUGACAACAACUUUGAUGGACAAAUUCCUGAAGACAUUGGAAAUGUUGAGGCUCUCUUUUCUCUUGACUUGGCCAAUAAUAAUCUCAACGGUGGCAUACCAGCAUUAUUGGGGAAUCUGAGAAACCUUGAAUCCUUAGAUCUUUCUCAAAAUGAUCUGUCAGGAGAGAUCCCUCUGGAAUUGGCCAAACUCACUUUCUUGCAAUAUUUCAAUGUGUCUUACAACCACCUCACAGGGCCUAUACCACAAACAAACCAACUGAGCAGAUUUGAGAGCAGUAGUUAUGAGAACAACUUGGGAUUGUGUGGAAUUCCAUUGCCAAACAAGUGUGGAAACUCUGAAGCCUUUGAACCACCCCAUUCAUCAUUCGAAGAAGAGACGAGUAGUUCAUCAUUUUUUCAAUUUGGUUGA